AUGUUUUUUUUAAUAAAUAAACUUAAUAUUGUGUUUUUACAUAAUAUAAAUAAAGAAUACCUAUGCAAAUAUAAUGUUGAAUUGAAAAGUACUGAUUUAUAUUAUUUUUAUCACAAUUAUUUUGACAUAGGAUGCGACAAUGUUGAUAAUUCUAUAUAUAGUUGUGAUGCCAUUAAUAGCGAUAAAUCUCUAGAUUCGUUUCCUCGUGAAUUUUAUAUAAAACUGGAGAGGAAUUUAAAGCUAAUACCCAAAUUAUCAGCUGAACCUCCUGAAGGAAAAAGUAAAGAUGAAAAUAAACUUUGUUUUUAUUUGAAAUACUGGUUUUAUGAUCAAUCAAUCACCAAAGAAAUUGAGAAUACUCAGAUAACUCAGCUUCUUAGUAUGUUGCAACAGAACAUAAGAGACAAAUGUUCUGAAUGUGCAUGUGAACUUGAUGUUAAAUCACUGUACGAUAUUAAUGGAUUAAAACAGUAUUAUGAUUAUUAUUUAUUUUUGGAGGCAUAUGGGAAUACAAGUCGCAUGAGUGAAGAAAUAUAUUCUAAGGAAUAUUGCAAAUAUAUUGGAGAUGCUAGGAUUUCAUAUUUAUUAAAUACAACGAUAUGUUCUGAGAAGAAUAGUGAAUAUUGUAAUGAGUUUAUUAAAUACAUAAUGCCAUAUGUUAAUAUAGAUGAGGUUUCCUCAAUUUCCUGCCAAGCAGAUGAUUCACUUGAUGAUGUAAUGGAUUAUAGUUUGUCUUCUACGAUGGGAUAUAAUUCAGAAAGUUAUCCUGUGAUUCCACCAUCAAAAGAAACUAGUCAGCCCAAGUCAAUUGGUCAAUCAAGUCCUAGUUCUGAAGACACUAAUGGAAAAACUUCAACCAUAACUUCAGUUUCUUCUGUGGGUAUAGGUUUUAUUCUAUUUCUCUUAUAUAAGGUUAAAGAACUAUUAUUUUAA